CUUGACAACGUGCACAGUAACGGUACAGGAGUUAUGCGUGUAUUUUUAGUAGGCCAAGUACUUGAAGUACCGUGAGAGGCGACACAGGCGAGAUUCUCCUCGCCUGGAUGGUGUCGUGAAGUGUGCGAGUGCUUGUUGACAUUCCUCCAGUUCUUUCCACCGAGUGUCGCGAUACUGCAGUGCGCUGCCGAACCAAUACCAGUUAUUUUUCGUCAUCAAAUCAGCGAAAAUGAGUGCCAGACCAUCCAAUGUUGGUAUUGUUGCCAUUGAACAAAUUUUUCCAUCCCAGUACGUUGACCAAUCGGAGCUGGAAGCGUUCGAUGGAGUUUCGGCAGGAAAAUACACUAUAGGCCUGGGACAAUCAAAAAUGGGUUUUUGCUCAGAUCGUGAAGAUAUAAAUUCACUGUGCCUCACAGUAGUGUCGAAACUGAUGCAAAGAAACAAUAUUUCAUAUAAGGAGAUUGGAAGGUUGGAGGUAGGUACAGAAACUAUUAUAGACAAAUCGAAAAGUGUGAAGACAGUGCUGAUGCAGCUUUUCGAGGAAAGUGGUAAUUUUGAUGUCGAGGGUGUGGACACUACAAAUGCAUGCUAUGGUGGCACGUCUGCAUUGUUCAACGCAGUUUCAUGGGUCGAAUCCAGUGCUUGGGAUGGUCGUUAUGCCCUUGUCGUAUGUGGUGAUAUUGCUGUAUACGCAAAAGGUAAUGCUCGGCCCACAGGUGGGGCGGGAGCCGUUGCUAUGCUGGUUGGUGCUAAUGCUCCUCUUGUCAUAGAAACAAGUGCUCGGGCAACAUUUAUGAAACAUGCUUAUGAUUUUUACAAGCCCAAUCUCUCUUCUGAAUAUCCAGUAGUUGAUGGUAAAUUGUCAGUUAAGUGCUAUUUAAGUGCACUGGACAACUGCUAUCAGCUGUACUGCAGCAAAGCAGAAAAACAUCUUAAUGGUAACAAGAUUAACUUGGAAUACUUCGAUGCAAUGAUCUUCCAUUCCCCUUAUUGUAAAUUAGUGCAAAAAUCACUGGCACGUUUAAUGUUGAAUGAUUUUAUACGUUCUCCUCAAGAUAUUCUUGCAAAGUAUCCAGGGCUUCAGAAAUUUCAAGGCUUAGAUCUUGAAAACACAUAUUUUGACAGAGACAUAGAAAAGGAAUUCAUGACUUGCAGCAAAAGUGCCUUUGAAGAAAAGACUCUUCCCUCUCUACUGUUAGCGAGGGAAGUGGGCAAUAUGUACACCCCAUCUUUAUAUGGAUGCCUGGUAUCAUUACUUAUAAGUAAAAGUGCUGAACAACUUGCAGGAAAAAGAAUCGGUCUUUUUUCUUAUGGCUCUGGGUUGGCUUCCUCCAUGUAUUCUGUGAAGGUGGCAGAAGAUAUUUCAGAAAGAUCAUCUUUGAGACACAUUAUUGCUAAUCUUGCUCACAUCAGCACUCAACUGAAAAGCAGAACAUGUGUGUCUCCAAGCGAUUUUUCUUCUAUAAUGGAACUUCGUGAAAAAAACCAUCAUAAGGCACCAUACACUCCUGAAGGUCCCAUAGAUACGCUUUUUCCAGGAACCUGGUAUUUGGAGUCAAUAGAUGAACUGCAUCGUCGAGUGUACAAAAAGGCUGCCUAAUGUUUGUUUAAAGUAGUAAUUUUUUUUAGAAACAUUGCAGUUUUAAAUAUCAAAUAUUUCUCAAUCAGUUCACUGUUUAUAUGAAGAAGUGUACCAUCCCUUGAUUUGUGUUCGCUUGAACUAGCUCAUUGAGAGAGAGACCAAUAGAAGUAUUGCUUAUGCUCUACAUGAUUUUGUGUUUAUCAUGAAGAUGAAAUGGAUUGACAUUUUCUUUUGUGCCCAAGGAAGUUGUUAAGUAAAAUACUUGGCCAUAAAAAUCGCUAUUCAAGAGCAACAAUUCUUCAGCAGCAUUUAGUGUUCAACCAGUAUCACCUGCCAAAGCAUUUAUUAAUCUACUGUGGUGUUCCUGGUUCCUGUCAGUCACCUGUGCAGCAAUCCAGUUUGGUUGAUCUUCAUUGUUCCUGAUGUGUUGCUUAUGUGCUAGCAACAAACACAGAAUUUUAAAAUUUAUUGAUGGGUGGGUACUGUGUGUCACCUCCUGUAAUAUAACUGGAGGGUUCUGCAGAAGAAAGUGCUAACAUCGAUAUAGUAAGGAUUAAAUGAAUAACUUUAUUUGUUGUGUUUAUGAAGUUGUCAUAUGCUGAUAAGUUGCGCUUUCACAGGAAACUUCCUGGUAGAUUAAAACUGUGUGUUAGACCUGGACUCGAACCUGGGACCUUGUGUAUUGCAGGCAAGUGCUCCACUGGCCGAACUGUCAGAGCCCAACUGUCAUCCCACCCUCACAACUCCACAUGUCAGUGCCUCAUCUCCUACCUUCCAGACUUCAUAGGUGUUUACCUGAAUAUCUGGAAGAAAGGAUAUAUUUUGAGACAUGUCUGCAGCUAAACCAUAUUUCUGCAAUAUCCUUUCUUCCAGGAUUGCUUGAAGUUCGGAAGUUAAGAGAUGAGGUACUGACGGAAGUUGAGGUGUGUGGGUUUUAAAUCGUGCUCAGAAAGUUCGGUCGAUAGAGCCUAUGCCCAUAGAAGGCAAACAUCCCAGCUUCGAGACCUGGUUUGGCGCACAGUUUUAAUCUGGCAGGAGGUUUCGAUUCAGUGCACACUCCACUUCAGAGUAAAUAUUUAUUCUGGAAAGUAGUUCUUUGUGUAUCACUAGAAAAUACUAUCUGCUAGAUAAAUUGUUGAAUCUAACCAGACACGUAUUAUGCCAUAUGUCAAAAUAAACUCUUUUGAAGGAGCACUUUUUCCACUGACCCAUCAGUUAUUUGUUAUUCGUCACUAUUUUGCUUUCUUUUUCAAUACCGAGUAUUUAGAAAGUACAGGAAUAAUUGUGGUUUUAGCCAUCUCUAUUACCCAGAUCUUUUUUGAACUUCUGGUAUUAAUGUCAUAAACAAACAAUGGAAAUUCCAGUAUGGAAUAACAGAUUGCUAUUCACCAUAUGGAGGAGAUGUUGAGUCACAGGCAGGCACAAUGAAAAAUAUUUAAGCUUUGGGACAAAACACCCUGUCUUCCAAAGGGGAACACACAGGCACAUUCAAACAAGUGCAAGAGUGAAUGUGUGUGUUUCCUACAUUGGAAGUAGAUGUUUGUCUGAAAGCUUAAAUAUUUAGAGGUUUUUUUCAUUGUGCUUGUCUAAGAGAAGCAAUUUGUCAUUUACAUAUUGUUGCCUUAGGUACUAGGAUAAACUUUUUUACUUUUUUUAAUGAAUGUUAUCUUUCAUGUGUCAAAAAUUUCCAUGAGCUGUAAUGAAUUAUGAAGCAACCUUCUUUUAAUGCUCUAGUAAUGUCACAGCACACACAGAAAUGAUUACUUUGAUUACAUUUCUUAAAGGGCAGAGAAAACAGUGAAUUAGAUGUUAUCCAUUAGUGAGUAAAUUGUUUGCUUGAUAGUAACAUUUGGCUGGACGAGUUUCCAUUUGUAAAGAAGUGUGGAUUGUCUAUUUGCAGCAGCGAAUUGGUUUCACCUCAGCAGCUAAAAGUAAUCUAAACAAAGAAUUGGCAGGAGGAAAGGUGGGGAAGGGGGGUAGAGUUUAUAGGGAAAGUUUUAUCAUAAUUAUUUCUCUGAUCAAGCCAUAUUUAAAACUUUCCUCACAUUUAUGAAUAACUGACAUUUGCUUACCUUUACCUUUGAUGGGUUGUUCACCCGUCUUUGCUUCACUUGACUUUUCUGUGUUCUGGUGCCACUAGAUACUUUCUGCCAAGAAUUUGUAUUUCUUGUAGACUUUUUUCUUUUUCUUACCCUUCUCUGAUAGUGGGUGGUUCUCUAACCUAAAUAUCUGCAAAUGAUAGUGUUUCCAGUCAUUGAAUUGGUCAUGUAUUACAAAAUUUAUUUUUCAUAAGAGAGAGCUCUGCACAAUUUUAUACUUUGUUUAAGCAACAUUAUAAUGCAGCUAUUUGCAAUUUAUUGGAAGUACUAUCUGUAUUCAGGCUGUCACACAUCCCCCCCCCCCCUCCCCCAUAGUGUAUAUUUGUAUGUACAGUUCCUUUUUGAAUCCUUGUGCUGUGUGGAUUCUACUUGUUGCAUGAUUGGCAAGGUGGUGAGAAGCCUUUCUGCUAAAGUUUAUAGAAUUGCAUCCGUGAAUAAAUGUGAAAAGCUCAUUGGGUUGUUCGUGUUGUAGGGUUAAUGAAGUGCCUUCAAGUUGUUAGGUUACGAUAUCAGAAAUCUUAGGGAAGAAAGUGUUGUGCCUUUGAAAGAUGAAGUAUAGAAGUACGAAAAACUGAAGACCUUGUUUAACGUGAUUUUAAAAAUCCUGCAAACCUGUACAGAUAAUAUAACGGAUUGCAGUACUGAAUAAGAGGAUGUGGGCAUGUUUCUCUAUAUGAAGCUCAUUAUGUGCUUCACUCUGGUGCAUUGCCCAUUCCUCACACUGUUCAUUACUCACAAAUAUGUCAUUCAGUGUUUUAUUAAUAAUGCGUAGCUUCUUUAACAAAGAACGAAUUCAGUUCACAUGGAAAUCCAUCAAGAAUUGCCGUAAUGUUCAACUGUAGUGUUUGCAAUACAGGAAAUGCACAAAAUGGGUUGUAGAGUUGUAUAAUUCUAUUUUAAACAAGUUGAAAAAAAUUGAUUAUGGUAUGGAAGGUUCUGGCAGUAUUUAAAUGAUGCAGAAGGGAAGAAAACAACUCUCCGAAUAGCAGAAGUGUUGAAUUGUUGACAGGCACACGAAAAGAAUGAAAACUUGGCUAACUUUCGGACGUGAACCCUUUUUCAGACAGACACAAACAACAACAUCACACACACACACACACACACACACACACACACACACACAUAAAUCAUGCUUGGUGACUCAUCCAAAAGCUUUCGAACUUUUCAUUAAUUUUUCUUUUUAUGUAGCUUUCAACAGCUCCAACAUUUCAACUAUUCGGUGAGUUGAAAAAGUAAAUUUUUAGUGUAUUACAGUGAAAGACGUUCUUUAACAUUUUACGUAUUUUUAUUAAGUGACAUGCUUCUGAUAACUGUACCAUUUCCUUCAAGUGAUUCACAUUCCUGUAAUGUUUCCUUCCACAAGAUGACUGUCACCUUAUUCACACAUACAGUUUCUUUUAAGGUAGAUGAUUUUCUCUUAAACUGCCAAGUUCUACUAGGCCUACUUUAAUAUAUCCAUGGGCAGCUAUUGAUAUUUGUUUUGUAUCUUCAUUGUAGCUUUAGCUGAUACUGUUUUGUGUGUGUGUGUGUGUGUGUGUGUGUGUGUGUGUGUGUGUAUAUGUAAAAUCAGUUACCGUACUGUUUUUUAUGCAUUUCUCAGUCAUGACAAUGGGGCUUACUUCAAUCGGAAAUUAAUGUGUUUACCAAAGAUAACAAUUCUUGUUGGAAUGUACUGGAGAUUGUAGUACAAUGGGAAGUGUCAGGUGUAUCAUUGUUGGUCACAAACCUUGUUACUCUUAUUAUACAAGUUGUAUGUUUUAUUUAUUUAUACAUAAUAAUAUAUUAGGCCUAUUUACUUUUUAUCAGAUCUGAAGUUGGAAAGCAUUUUAGAGCAUAUUAACUUUUUGAACUUUUUAUUAUUCUGAGACACCAUUUUGGAGGCCGUAGUGGAUGAGUGAUCUACUUUGAUAAGUAGACAAGAAUUAUUUGGAGAUAGUAUUUUAAGUAGAAUGUUAAUUCUCUUUUUGUGUAUUCAAGUAUGCAACAUGGCUCAAAAGAUAUGCUAUGGCUUUAAAUACUCCAUCGUCUGAGAAGUAUUAAAAUUUUUAUAUAUACAUAUAUGUUAAUGAAAAAGUUGCAUUGGUGAUUUUUGUUAAUGUGUAUUUAGAGUUUAUUUAUUGAAACUUCAUAGCAUAUUUUUAUAUAAUAAAUCACUUCAACAACAUGUUUUCAAAUUGCUGAUACUCAUUUCUCCCCAAAAUUUCCUAAUGUUCUUCAGAAUCUGUAUGAACAGAGUGUAUGUUUCUAUUUUAUUUUCAGUGCAUUCUGGUUUGCAGAAUAAAAUGCAUCUCUGAGUACUGUGUUUUGUAGCCACAGCAUAAACAUUUAGAUUUAAAUUCAGCUUCAUUAUUUGCAGACAUUUUUAACCCUGAU